UCGCGGAGCUGGCCGUCCUGUGGUGGUUGCGAGCGACUGCACGAGCGGGGUAGUAUCGCGCGCGGGGUGGUGGAGGAACCAGGGGAGGCUACGUGAGCCACGGCGGAGAGCUGGCCGUGUUUUUCCUGCGUGAGACGCCGAAAACCCCUUGCCGUCGAGGUCGUCCGCCGUCGUUUCGUUACUCGGUUCCAGAGUUCGGUUUCAGGGGCGCAGCAACAAGGGCCAAGCGAAAGGUGUUGGUGCUGGUGCUGCCCGGAGGUGCUGGGCAAACGGGCUCGGCGCAGCAUGAACGUUGUCUGGCCCAGCUUACUUAUAUUGUAGGUAAGCGCUCUGGUUUCAGCGGCGGGGGGUGAAGUAUUGGGCACAACAUGCAUAUCUUCUGGGGCACCGAUCGACAAAGAGACGGUUUGUAGCCCGUUAACCGGCCAACAGAUCGAGUUCGUCCGAUCGAAACGCAGUAACACUUACUGAAGUCGGUAAAGUCACCCAGGGCACCAAGAUCGCCUCUGCUUCGAGGUACAGAAUCUCGCUACCGCUUUUACACGAUUUGGAGGCAGAUACAUCGGGGUGGUAUUCGAGUCUCCUUUUCCCAAAAAAAAAAAAAAAAAAAAAAAGACGACAAUGCUCUUGUUGGUCAUCCGCAUUUUCCUGCUGGGAUUGUGCACAUUACGACACGGUGCUGCCGGACAAGGACAGUCCACCCCGGCUGCAUGCUCGCCCCAGUGCCGCUGCGACGAAGACGGAGGUGCCGACUGCUCCGGGAAAGGACUGAGCACCGUCCCGGCGGGACUGAGCGCAUUUACGUAUUAUCUUGACCUCAGUAUGAACAACAUCACAGAGCUGCCUGCGAACGUGUUCCGGAACCUGACGUACCUAGAGGAGCUGCGAUUGGCAGGCAAUGACCUUGUUUUCAUCCACCCUGAGGCGCUGUCUGGUCUCCACCAGCUCAAAGUUCUCAUGCUUCAGAAUAACCAGCUGAAGACUGUUCCUAGUGCUGCCCUCAAGAACCUUCACGCUCUGCAGUCUUUACGCUUGGAUGCCAACCACAUCACGACGGUGCCCGAGGGCAGCUUCGACAGUCUGCAGCAGCUGCGCCACCUCUGGCUGGACGACAACAACCUGACUGAGGUGCCCGUGGGGCCACUACAACACCAGGGCAACCUGCAGGCUCUGACGCUGGCGCUCAACCGCAUCAGCCACGUGCCCGACGGUGCUUUCGCCAACCUCUCCGGCCUCGUCGUGCUACACCUGCACAAUAACAGGAUCCAAGAGAUGGGGAAGAACUGCUUCAGUGGCCUGGACAACUUAGAGACUCUAGACCUCAACUUUAACAACUUGAAAAGCUUCCCAGAGGCCAUCCAGACUUUACCCAAGCUAAAAGAGCUUGGAUUUCAUAGUAAUAACAUAGCCAUCAUACCAGAGGGGGCUUUUCUUAAGAAUCCACUGCUACGCACGAUCCAUCUCUAUGACAACCCACUCUCCUUCGUUGGGAGAUCUGCCUUCCAGAACCUGUCUGAUCUGCACGCUCUGAUGCUUCGGGGUGCCAAUAUGGUGCAGGACUUCCCCAGCCUGACUGGAACAGGGAACCUUGAGAGUCUCACCUUAACAGGCACUAAGAUCCGAGUUAUACCUGCCGAUAUGUGCGAGGAUCUGUCUGUACUCCGGACACUGGAUCUAUCCUACAAUGAGAUUGAAGAGCUGCCAUCAUUUCAGGGCUGCAUGAGGCUACAGGACAUAACGCUGCAACACAACAACAUUCAACAGAUAGACCACCACACCUUUCAGGGCCUGACCAGCCUCCGAGUGCUAGACCUGAGCAGAAACCAGCUGCGGUUCAUCUACCACGAUGCCUUCCUCUCUCUCAGCGCGCUGACAAACCUGGACCUGAGUGCCAACAGUUUGGCCAGCGUGCCCACAGCUGGACUAAGCGCCCUGAGCCAACUGAAGCUGACGGGCAACCCGGCUAUGAGGAGCAGCCUGAGUGCCAAGAGCCUGCCCAAGCUGAGGUCUAUAUCGGUACCGUAUGCAUAUCAGUGCUGUGCUUUCAUGGCCUGUGACAGCACACCGAGUUCCUCUGAAAGGGACGACCGGACGAAAGCCGUCGGUGGAGAUGCGGAGAUGGAGAGGGUCCCCCUCGUUGUGCACUGUUCUCCAUCCCCAGGGGCGUUUAAGCCUUGCACUCACCUUCUGGGCAGCUGGAUGAUACGCCUGACCGUCUGGUUCAUCUGUCUGGCGUCGCUGCUCUUCAACUGCCUGGUGCUGGCCACCACCUUGUGUCCACGCGGCUCACGGCUCUCGCCGGCCAGGCUGCUGGUGGCGCUGCUGGCCUGCUCCAACCUGCUGACGGGGCUGUACGUGACUGCGCUGGCCGCGCUGGACGCGGCCACCUGGGGUUCCUUCUCAAGCUUUGGCGUGCGUUGGGAGACAGGCGCCGGGUGCCGGGCGCUGGCCGUUCUGGCCAUCUUCUCGUCGGAGUGGGCGGCGCUGCUGUUGCCGCUGGCAGCCGUGGAGCGGAGCCUGGCCGUCAGGGCCCUGCUGGGCAAGGCGGGUGCACUGAGGGCCGGCAGCGAGCGGAGGGAGUGGCGCAGGAGUUUCGGCUCGGCCGCCGCACUGCUGGGAGGCCUGGCCGUGGGGGCGGCCUGCCUCAGCCUGUACCACGGGGCGGAUACAGGGUCGCCGCUCUGUCUGCCCUUCUCCGGCGGGCCCGGGCCCGGGCUAGGGGUGACGGUGGCUCUGGUCUUGCUCAACACGCUGGCGUACCUGCUGAGCGCCGUGGUGUACACGCGCCUGUACUGCAGGCUGGGCCGGGCCCAGCUGGCAGACCCAGAGCAGGCCGGCUCCGUCCGCCACGUGGCCUGGCUCAUUUUCACCAACUGCAUCUUCUUCUGCCCUGUGGCGGCGUUCUCCUUCGCCCCCCUGCUGGCCGGUGCCGGGAGUGCAGUGGGCGGGCCCGAGAUGGCGAAGUCGGUCACGCUGAUCUUCUUCCCCCUGUCUGCUUGCCUGAACCCGGUGCUGUACGUCUGUUUCAGCCCCGCCUUCCGUCAUGACUGGCUCCGCCUAAGAGGGCAGGCCAGGGGCAGCAGGAGUUGUGGUCCAAGAGGUGGCAAAGCAGUUGACAUCGGCACCGGACCCGUGGCCGGGACGGAAGAAGGCGGAGACUCAUCGUCGGCCGAGCUGGGCUUUGAGUGCGGCAUGUACACGCAGCUGAGCGGCGGGGUGUGUGAGCACUGCGAGGCUGCCCUCCUCGCCAGAACAUCUUCGUCCUCCUCCUCCUCCUCCUCCUCUGCCUGCAGACAUUUUGUCAAGUCACACAGCUGCCCGGCGCUGGCCGUCAGCGACGCCCCGUGCCUGGACUCCGGGGCCUACUGGGCCGACAGCCUACUGGGCACCCUGUCGGUCCAGUCCGAGUACGCCGACGAGGUGGACUCCUUCGUGUCGGACAGCUCCGAGCAGGUUCAGGCAUGCGGCCGCGCCUGCUUCUGCCAGAGUCGCGGGCUGCCUUUAGUGCACUAUGCCUACAACAUCCCUCGCGGCAAAGACUGAGGCCGAGCUCUUCCGCCACCCACACCCACACCACCUCCACCCCUCUCCCCCACACACACGCACACUCGCGCCCUCCACCGGUGCACUACUGCAGCAGGUAGGGUGUGCAGGAGCAUGGUAUGUAGGGAAGUCAGUGGGCAGUCUGACCCAAGCCCCUGGAGCCAGGGGACACGCAACCGGUCAGGAAGCACUUUUUCUUCCAAAACUCACAUGUGCAAAUGUGUGUUUCUGUGCAUACAGACGCUGACCCCUCAAUUAAUGAAUGAAUAAUUAAAGAAAUAAAUGAAUAAAUAAAAGGAAAACUGACAAUUAUAGAAAAAACUUCACUGAGCCAAAUAUUUGUAAGCAAAGGACUGGAUUUGCUUUCUUCCUUUAAUCUUUGCAUUCAGUCAGCCAUUUGUGUGACUGCAGAGUUGUCCUCUCAUUCCUCUAAAGCAGACUGCAGACCAACUGCUAGUGCCUCUGCCUUUUGCUUCUCUAGAAAUCACGACUUUGCAAAACACUCAUUUGCAAAGGCAUUUUUUAACAAGCAGGCCUAAAUGUGCCAUGUCUCUUUUUUUUUUUUAUUGUUGAUUUUGUUUUCUGCCAUUGUCAUUCCCAGUAACAUUGACCUCAGUGACCACGGGAUUCACCUCAGAGUAGCAGCAUUCAAGUCCCUAUUAAGAGAUUUCAUUAUGGAUAUGUAAUGUAAUGUAUAACUGCAGAGAGUGGUCUUCAGCACAGUGAGUCUGAACUAAUACUGCCGUUCCUUUCUCUGACCUUAUGCUAAUGUUUAGCAACAAAUUUUGUUCAGCGGCUAUUCCCAGACUGGUUGGCCCAUCCUUCAAUUCGACUGCUGAAGAAUUCUUGUCUUCCUCAAACAAAGCCUUCUGAGUGAAUUUAUGGAAGCCAGCAUCAGCACAGAGCUGAUUGGCAUCUCUCGGUUCAGACAGUCAUUGGUUUAACCUCAGUAAUGCCCUGGCAUGUACAAGGCCUGCUCUAAUUUAUUAACAGAAAUGUAAGGAGAAGACUAAUUUCUAGUUGUAAAUUGAUUUUAAAAUGUUCAUUAUUUGAGGUACUAUGCUGGUCAAAUUUAACACAUGCCGGACGGCAUUACAUUUCCGAUGACAUUUCCUAUCCCCAAAGAGCUUUAGGGAACAUUUUCUAUCAGGGUGGUGUAAAUACUCUCGUUGUGCUUGUUAACAUCCUUGUCCACCACCAUCACUGAUCCAAAGAACAUGCGUGUUGACGUUUUUCAGCGUUCCACGUGCAUAUUUGACACUGAGCGUGAAGCUGUUGAGCUGUUUCAGGGGUUUUGUUGGAAAGACACGGAAGGAUCGUUAGCCCUAAUGAAUGAUGGCGUGAAAAUCUGCACACACACCUGUGUAUAUGGUCAGGAAUUUCAGAAGCAGACACCUUUCCAUAUUUUUGUCGCUUUGCUUUGAUACAGAAUCGCAAGAUUUUCCUUCUGCCUUUUCCGUUUGCCUCUUAGCUCAACUUUAGAUAUGUCCUCGUGUUUGGCAAAUAAGCUCUUCCAAACAGAUGUUUAAAAAAAAUUGGAGACAUUUAUUUUAACUGACAAAUUCCAAAUUUUUGUGUGCAUCUGUCAAGACAUUGUGUUAAUGUGUGUCUCUGUUUGAGUGUGUUGUAAAUUAUUUGUAUAGGAUACGUCUAAUCAAAAUGGGAUGCGUCGUCUAACCAUGGAAGCUACCUCUUUGACUGUAGUGGCUGCCAGUAGUGUGCAGUGUGACAGAACGGAUGCUUAUUUGCAUUUUAUGUCAUGUGUAUGAUGGCUUGCGCUGUAAAUACAUCUAGUUGUACAUUGUCACUGAAUGAAAGUCACAUUUUCGUUUAUACCGAUUGUGGGAGGAAAUUGUGUACGGUAUAUGGUCAUUUUUGUAAACCAAACAAUAUAAACUAAAUUGCUUUACA